AUGGAGUUCCCGGAUCUGGGGAAACAUUGUGCAAAAGGCACUUGCAGGCAGCUCGAUUUCCUGCCAAUAACGUGUGCUGCGUGUAAACAGGAUUUCUGUAAGGAUCAUUACUCGUUUGCUGCACACAGCUGUCCUUUUGCCUUCAAAAAGGACAUUCAUGUGCCAGUGUGCCCGCUCUGCAACAGCCCCAUCCCAGUGAAGAAGGGAGAACUGCCUGACGUGGUGGUCAGCAAGCAUAUGGAUCAGAACUGCAGGUCCAUCCCGGGCCUGGGUCGCAAGAAGAUUUUCACACACCGGUGCUCAAAGGAAGGAUGUCGGCAGAAGGAGUUGCUGUCCCUGGUGUGUGACAAGUGCAGGGGCAGCUUCUGCAUCCGUCACAGACACCCACAGGACCAUGACUGCAGAGGGCAAGACCACAUGCCUGGUACAGCCAGGUGCUCAGCUCCAGGGGCGCCUGAUUCCAAGCCAUCAGGAGCCCAGCACAUGCUGACCGCCCGUGGGCUGGUGCAGCAGCUCAGCGAACGUGGCGGCGCAGGCCCCCCGCAGCCGGGCGGGCCCCCCCCCCCGGGGACGUCGAAGCGCCUUGACAACAUCAGGUUCUCGUAG